AGUGACAGCAAAGAUGGCGGCGCCCUUAGUGAGAGCUGCAAGAGCACCCAUAGCAGGACGGCUGCUGAGUACCUCCGGUAAUAUAAACGGGAGCGGAGGAAAUACCGCUCACAGGACGUAGUAACUAGUACAGAAUCACGAUUAAAAACCUUAUCUGAAGCUUAAGGAAGUGGGGGGUUACUGACCAGAGGGAGCAUUAAGGUUAGGGGUCAGUGAGGGAGGAGGUAAUAUGCAUUUUAUUGGGCUGGGUUUGACCUCUCACAGAAAAAUUCAAAUAUAAAGGAUUAGGCAUGGUUGGUAAGCAGGGAACGAUCAGUAAUAUUGGGUGUGUACCUAAAGAAUGGGAGGGGGAGGGGGAGGGGGAGGGGGUGGGGGCUGUGGCAGACAGGGAACACCGAUUGAAUGAAGUUAAAUUACAAAUAAUAGUAUACACCAGGGGUCUCUUUAAACUCCGGCCCCCACCCCCCAGAUGUUGCUGAACUACAACUCCCAUGAUUCUCUGGCUAUCUAUGUAAUUCAAAGAAUCAUGGGAGUUGUAGUUCAGCAACACCUGGAGGGCCACAGUUUGAGGACCCCUGGUAUACACUGACAAUCUGGGAUUACUUGUUUUUUUUUGGUUAAAGCUAGAAGGCAUUGUGGCAAAUUGUCUUUUUAUUGAUUGCAUGCACAGUAUGAAUAAUUUAUCCUUUUUUUUUAUUUAUUUUUUUUUAGCUUCUUUAUGCAAACGAGCUGCACCCCUGGGCCCUCUCCCAAAUGAUCAAUUUGAAGGUAAAGACGUGGAGUCGUUGGAGAAAUAUAGAAGCAUAACCCGAUAUUACAAAGUAGCCGAAGCAGCGAGCAAGAAACCAAGUUGGUGGAAAACAUACGAACACUACCAGCAGACAAACGCAGGUAAACCGCCAUGAUGAAAUCAUCGAUAGUUGGUAUGUUUUUGUUUUGCAAUUUUAGUGAGACUGAGGUUAUAUAGUCUCCAUGCAAUGCAUGUAGAUUCUGCCCUGCACUGGAAUGGGUAACACUGUAUAUAAUUCUCAUUUAAAGUUUCACAGAAAAACAGAUCUUAAAAAAAAUACUCUCUUAAUACCUUUUGUACCUAUGUUAUAGACCUGGGCUCUAGCAAUUGCUAGAUCUCCAGCUGUUGUAGAAAUUUAGUUUGUAGCCUAAAGGGUGCUAAACAUCAUGGGAGGUUUAGUUCUGCAACAGUUGGGGUUCUGCUUUAUGGCCACCCAUGUUUUAGUCAUAUGAAUAGAUAUAAAAUAAAAAGGUUAUUAAAAAUGAUGCAUUUACUAUAUAAAUAUAUUUAAUAUUGCUUGUUACAUAAUAUUAUUUAUAUUUUUUUAAUAUUCCCAUCUGUUUGGUCUUCUCUCUGUGUGGAGCAUCUUCAUUUGGUUUCAUGUUUUGCAAUACUGUGGUACUUUGUUGCAUAUCAUAUUAUGUUAUUCUAUGUUUUAGUAUUGCAUGCUUCAUGCUAACGAUCGAUAUUUUUGUUUUGUUUGUUUAGUUGAUGUAAAAGCAGUUGUGGACAUAGGAUUCCCAGUCUCUAGGACUUCUUUUGUCAAAAAGGCAAAAGCCAGAAAAGAAUUGCUGAAGGAGAACCACAGAAAUCUGGAGUUGGAGAGGGCCUCCCGCCACCGAACAUGUGUGUUACCUAUAUUGCCACUUUGUCACAAUGAUAUGUGCACAAUUUUGAUGUAUUAUGACUCCUCACCACAUUGCUUUAAGAAGCACAUUCAAAUAACAAAAAUGUAGCAUGUUUAAAUGUGUUUUAUGCUUUAUGAACCUGGGGUGAUUUUCUUGAAAUUAUAAAGUUUUCUGGUAAUUUAAAGACUUUACAAAUGACUAAAUUUGAAGGGGGAAAAAUAAAAGAAAUUACUGUAUAAAAAAACAUGCAACUAGCGGUGUGCAGGAAUAAGUGGCAGAUUAGCAAUGAUAUAAAUGUAAUAAUGGUUAAGGAUAGAUAAGAAUUGAGUACUGGGCAAGGAUCCCAUACAAACAUUUUGAGAAAUUUUAUUACGGUUGUCCUAACAUUUUGUGUGUACUGCAUUACAGCUGUUUCUAAACCUUGGUCCUAAUUCCUAUUUAAAACUCAUAUUUAUAUUUAGUUCACUUCUAAAUUAUUGUUCUCGCAAGUCUUAGAAUGCUCACAACUUGCAAGUAAGCACAGGCAUUAUUGUCCUUUUUUUUGUGGCAGAUUUGCAAUUCUACAUUUAUAACAGCAUUGUGUGGCAAGUUGGACAUUGUUACUCCUGCUUGCACUUAGCAUAUACAUGAACAUCUAUGUGUUUUUCUCUUUAGUGCAAAUUCCACUGGAUGAAGUUCGAGAAGAAUGGGAAAGGACCAGUGGACCAUUUCAUGUACAGAAUGUGGCCAAGCACUAUGGAGUUUACAAAGACCUUUUUGGAGAAGCUACGUUUGUUCCCAGUGUCCCACUGAAGGUCUACUACAACAAAGGAGAAGAGUUUGUUUUACCUGUUCACUAUGGGAAUAUGGUGACUCCUUCUGAGGUUGGUACAUUUGUAUAUUUCGAGCAGCCAACCAUGAUAGGAUCUAAAUCUAACCAAAUGUCAUGUCUUUCAGGCUUCUACACCUCCUGAGGUGACAUUUGAAGCAGAACAAGACUCACUGUGGACUCUGCUACUUACCAAUCCAGGUUAGUUUCUAGGAAGAAAAUUAUUUAACUGAGGCAGUCAAAUUGUAGAUAAGAUCUCAAAUACCAGGAGAAAAUCAUCAAAGCAAAUAUCAAAUUAGUGCUUUAUUUAAAAAAAAAAAAAGAAAAAGUGAUUAACAAAUAUUGCCCCACUGGUGUCCUAUUUCUAUCUCUCUACUUUUCGCAUUAAAAUUAAUGACUACAGUUUUCAUUCUUCUGCAUUCAUUUCCCUACUCAUAAUACUAAUUCUUUGCUGUUGCUCUCCCUGCAAGUUAGUGGUAUACAUAUCAGCCCCUUCCUGCCUUGAUGUUCUCUUUGAUUCUGACCUCACCCUUAUACCUCAUACCAAGUUUGUUGGCAAAUCCUUCCAUUUCAUAAAUAUUGAACGCAUCUUCUGUUUUCUUACCCAAGAUGUUACUAAGGAGCUUGUUCAUUCUUCUCACAUUGUUUACCAUAAUUCUCUCCAACUGGGCUCUCCAGAAAUUAUACUGCUUUCUACAGUCUAUAAAGAAUGCUGCUGCCAUUUUUCUCUCCAGUCACUCCUCUUACACGUCACCCCUCUGUCAAUUGUUACAUUGGCUUCCUGUGCCCCAUAAGAUUCAAGGUUGAGGUCCUCCUCAUCAGGGAUGUUAAAAACAGACUAGUAUAUUCAUUUUAUUUGUGCUGUUUUUGUCUAUUUAUUUUUUUAUUACAUAGUUGUUGGCAAUACUUUUGCAAAUUGUAUAUAUAAAUGUCAGUAUAUCUGUAUCUGUAAUCUGUACUCCCUGGUAAGUAGUUUUGCUCAAUGGCCAUUUGUUUGAGUGAGGCUUUAAAACUGUAAUUCACUACUUAAAAAAUAAAAAAUUUAUUGAAAUCCUUGACAUAUUGGGCAUUUUAGCCAUCAGGAAAAAUUAGUAACUCUGUUUUGAAUUAAUUUUCUUUAGUUGCACUUGUGUAGGAUUUAUUACAUUUAAAUAAAGCUUUUCAUAUUUUUUUUCCUUCUAAAUAUUUUUCAUUUUAUAAAUAUAUUUUAUGUUCAGUAAGGAAGCCUCAGACUGGGCACCAGUGUUAGCUGAUUACUAAAUCUCAAUUCAGAAAACUCGGUGAGAAAUGUUGGCACCUUUAAUCUCUCGACGUAAGAUGGCACCCAGGACCUCCAACCACCGUGUCCACUUAUUUGAGAGAGUCAGAGUAUUCCUUAAGCGGACGAAGAUAUUUGUCAUAAAAGAGACCCAACAUAUUUGUUGUGAAUUAGUCUAUGGCCCAUAAUGUAAUCAAAAACUAAAUUGAUUUCAGUAUGGUAUAUUCAGGAGGGGUUCAGAAACAAUCCCUCAAGAUAAACAUUUCCCAACUUACACAAUGUUUUUUUUUUGACAUAUGGUGGCAGUACGUAUGGGUUGUGCUUCCUAAUUGGGACAAGCAUCUGCAAGAUAGGUGAUUAAGAAAAGUACCUCCCCUUUACCCUAUAAACGGCUUUCCUGGCAAACCCACCACAGUUCUUCCUUGUCCCAGAACAGGACGGAUCAAUAGUCUGCUGGAGGUGAGGCACACAGGUUGCUGUCUGGGGCAGGAAGCCCGAUAGCCACCCAGGUGGUAGACUGAGCAACAUGGUUCCGUCCGUGGAGGUUCCGGAGCCCUUUCUGUUUAACCUCGUGCCGAGUAUGUUCUGGCUUGGUGAGUAUGGGGGGGGGGGCGGGGGACACCUUCAUUAUGUUGCAAGCCAUGCGCCUGCACACAGCGGUGGAACACACGCCCGAGUGGUGUUGCAUUCCACCAAAGUUCCGGGUGCGCUGUUGCGGAUGCGCAAACCGGAACUUCCGGGAAACCGCAGAGUUCGGAUCGCUGUGCUGUUCCCUCUGGUAGCAGGAAGCUUGUCAGAAGGGUUCCCCGUGUCACCAACCCCCCACACGGCUUAGAGGUUUUCAAGGUAAGGUUAGCUUUUGCCUUGAAAAUCUGUUCUGAUUAAAAUUGCAAGUUAUGGAUGGAAUUGUUUUGCAAGUGGACUGUAUGUGCAAAAUAGACUGUUUGUACACAGUGGAAUGCCUCUACUAUACAAGGCUUUUGCUUAUUGUAUCUGUACUACUCCCCUUAAUAUGGUUCUAGGGUUUAUAAAUAUGACCAAGAUGCUGCAAUUUCUUGCAUAAAAUUAAGCAGUGAAAAUGCAAUCAUUCCUACCAUAUAGUGAAUCAAAUAGUGUAUCAGCUGCUCUGCCUGAGAUGUUCCGCAGGUACCGAAGAGAAGCGUCCUUCGAUUACUCCUAAUGUCUCGCGAAUGUUAAUAUACCUCUUCUUAAGACAUGUCUGGUACAUCAUACUGUGUGGAGUUGGUUCCCACCUGACGUACUGAAGUGGUUUAUUAGGAAUGAAUCGGUCAUAGGGCAGGAUAUGUCUGCUAACCUUUAAUGAGUGUUAUCUGUUCCUCAAACGUCAUGUCUGUCUUAUGUGCAGAAAUGGGACCACUCUGUGUAACGAGCCUUUCUUGCCUGACGUUUAAUAUGUUUACCAUCAAAUGGGUAAAUGUUACACCGCCAGGUACACUGGGAAUCCAUAAAAUUCUGCAGAAGUAGCUGCUUUAAAAACCCUGUCAUCAAGAAGGCAGAGUCCUCUUAUAGACUGCUGGUUUCGGUGUGGGUCUUUGCGGUCAGGUGCAGCAGUGUCCAAAACGUAUAAUGUUGUUUACAAUCAUUAAUGGAGGUUAUUUAAGUCUCCUAAAAAGCAGCUCGUCUGUUUUCUGUUUUAUGUGUGAUUAUCACAUAUUUUAUAUGGAUUUGACAAUGACUGCCAAGAUCAUGGGUUGAUCUGCUGUUUCCCUUAAAUCAUGGUGGCUUAAGCUUGGACAGCAGAUCAGCGUCCUUUUCGGUUCCCUGUUGACUCCCAUUAGGUAAAGGGGUAUCUUUUAUAACCGAAAAAGGAAAAAAGCUCUGCCUCAUGACAAGUAGAACUGGGUCCGACAUGGGUAGGCGUUUCGGAUGCCAAGAAGCUUGGAGGCGUAAUCCUGCAUUUAUAUAUGAAGUGUGGAUAGCUUAGUGGGUUUAGACCUUGUUCAACCCUUGGGGUUCACAGGUUCGUUUCACCUGCAGGGUUAACUCGGCCCUUCAUCCCUUUGAGGUAGAUGACUGGAGUACCAUUCAAUGCAGUCACUUAACAUUCCCAGGAUGCAUUUGGGAACCAGUAUUUAUCUUAAUGUCUCUUGCCUGGCUUUUAAGUGGAACCUACUUGCAAUCACUGGUUGCUUGAUCUAGUUAGAGGGCACCGCUUGCUCUUUUAAAAUCUGCCCAAUCCAUAAUCUUCCGAAUAGUCUAUUUACAGAAAGAGUGUUCCCUGUUAGAUUCAAGGAGUUUGUUAGUUAUCAAACUGAUCAUUCCUUUAAACCGGUUAUGAAUUUAAAUUAGUGAAAAAAUUGAGAAGUGUCCUCUAUCCAAUAAAGCAGCUAUUCACCAACAAGGAGUUCCUUUUACCUUGUGAACAAUAGAACAAAACAAGCUAGUAAAUUAAGUGGACAGUGCUAAGAAUUAUUAUAAUAUCAUACAUACAAAGGUAGCAGCAGAUUUCGCAAUUAUGUUUCUUUCUCUUAAAAAAAAAAAAAAAAAGGAAAUAAAAGUAAAAUGAUAGUGCAGUAUGUUGUGAAUAAUAUGGUGAUAAAGAUAUAUUCCAAAGGGGCACUCAUGUUUUCCAGAGUUUAAAAAGCUCUAUUUUAGGAGCCUGGAUGGAACAAUCCCCGUCUAAGGAUUUCUUUUUGCUGUUAUCAGAUUCCCAAGGUAGUGCAGUUCAUCAUAUGAAAAAAAUAAGGAUGUAUACCAAUGGUACAGUACGUAUGUAAAAGUAGGAUAAGUAAAUAAUAUUAGACCUACUUACAUUUGCUAGAGCAAUGACCUGCUCUAGUGUAUGGAGCUUUAGGUGGAGCAAUCCCCACCUAGGGAUAUAUGUAGAUCCGGAACAGCAGAGGGAUGGUGAGAGUAUAAGGAGCUCAAGAGUGACUGGGUAUUAAGACAGAAUCUUUAUUAAUAAACAGAAUAAAUAAAACUAUUUAAAAGUGAACUAUAAAUAAAACCAGUCCUUGUAGGCAAUCUUUAAUCUCCACUUGACAUGUUUCGCUUACAGCUUUCUCAAAAGUGAAUCAAUUAAUUUAAAUUAAUUGGUUUCUCUCCUGAGGUUCAGAAUUGAAACUUCUGCUUCUGUAACUCUGAUUGUGCAGAAAGGAAUUUCAUGGUGUAUAUAGAUCACAGAGAUAUAUUCCCACAUAUCCCUAUUGCAGCCCCUCGAGGUUUUCUGAAAAUACGCCAUAUUACGUGGAUUGUAGAGAUUUCAUUGCUCUUCAAAACACUCCCAUUACAGCAUAUUUUAGGGAACGAGGCAUUCCUUACUUGGCAGUUUGGCUACUUAAUGCUAAUCGGGACGUUUGCCCUUUAAAGGGACACUCCAGGCACCCAGACCACUUCUGCCCAUUGGAGUGGUCUGGGUGCCACUAGGCAUUAGGUCUCCAUGGCCGGCGGGAUCAGUCUCACCCAACCAGCUGACGUAAUGAAGAGGAGGAGGAGCGGCGGUGACCCGAAACCACCGCCAAGGGACAUCGGCGGGGGUCUCAGGUAAGUGACUGAAGGUUUUUUCACCCCUUCAGCAACCAGGGAUUGGGAGGUGGGAGGGAGAGGGGACAUGCAGUGCCAGGAAAACGGAUUGUUUUCCUGGCACUGGAGAGUCCCUUUAAGUAUGUUUGGGUAGCAAGCAGAGCGCUACAGCAACACUGUUGGAUACGGAGGCUAUAAAGUAUUUUCUUCUUCUCCAGGGAACAUAGGGUUUUUUUGAGGUUCGUGUUAACAUUAAAACGUUACCUCUGCAUCUACUGCACUCAUAAAGGAAAGGUCCAAUUACUUAAAAAAACAAAAAUUUGUCCAUAAGGCCAGGAAAUUAGACUGGGAUGGGAUGUCUGCGGUUAACUGGGCAAAAUCUAGAUUUGGCGGCUACAGUGGAAAAUUCUCUCCUCUGGGUCAAAGUGUGGAAAUCUUGGAUUUCUGUCUCCUAGACUCUCUUUGAAAAAAGCAGAAGCUGUCCUUUCUGCCUAUAGAAGGAGUAAUUUUCACCACAGAAUGUAUCUAACACAGGCUCGGUCGCUCGUCUAAAUUCUCUAAUGCCAGCGUUCUUGGUCCUAUGAAAAAUAGUCCACUAAUUUCAGAGCUCUUAAGUCAGUUCUUCACUCCCCUCAUCGAUUCAUAUCUUGGUUGAUUGAGGGACCUAUUACAAUGCGGUCAGACCACGACACUGUUUCCCUCACGUCAACAGAUAGGGCGGUGCCAGAGGCAAGGUCUGUUUCAGCUAUGUACCAAAACGGUGUACUGGGCUCAGAAUUUCUGGGAGGUCCUCUCUCCAUUCCACUCAUGUGUCGACAAUGUCGUCACCUACAACCUCAGCACAAGAAAUUGGAAUCAAGAGUAAGGAUCUAUAGAUUUGAACAUGUUCACAGUCUACAGAGAGAUUUGGAGUGCCCGGAUAGACCUUAUGGCAAAGAGGGAGAACAUGAAGAUUCUCAGGUUUGCCUCUCUGUACAGGACAGAUAGUUCACAUUGAAUUGUUGGUCUAUCUAAGGGUAUUUCUCCGGGCUUAAAUUUUUGUUUUUGUCCUAAAGACUGUUCCUAAGACUUCUUCAAAGAGGUAACGGACAGAGCAGUGGUUCUACCAAUAUUUCUGUACUGGCCAAACACAAGCCAGUUUUCGGCCUUGGUGGGGAUGAGUUUCAAGUUUGGGGAUCUUCCGAUUUCAAACACUUUUGGAAGACAGGACAUCCUUCAAGUGUUGAAUAGGUUCUUAUUGACGGUAGGGCACUGCAUGGUGGAUCCUUCAUCUCUUGAGUCAGAGUCAGUUUGUUGCAUAUAAUCUUCUGGUCGUUCCGCCUCUAACCUUUACAUGAGGAUUUGGGUAGAGUGUCUAGAUUGUUGUAAGGAACAUCAUUGAAUUCUUGUUCAUUUGUCCGGUUGGUUCAAAUUUACACUUCCUGCAGGAGAUUUCCACAGGUUGGGCGUUUCCAUGUUAAGACCAAAUUGUAUUCCCCAAGUUCUUUCUGAGAAGGGAUUGGUUUUUGUAUAUACUGGUUAGAAGUUUCUUCAAAGCAAUAGGCUUCUUAGGCAACCCAGGAAGUUCUGUUUCCCUCCUGGGAUCUUACUUUAGUCUUUCAGGGCCUCUUUUACUUUGGAGGUGGUUCCUUUUAAUAUGCUAAAGCUUAACCAGCAUUCUUAGUGGCCAUUACCUCUGCCAAGAGAGUAAGUGAGCUUCAGGAUUUAUCCUUCAGUGGAAUUUCUUAUAUUUCAUCAGGGUAAAAGUUGUUUCAUCCUAAAACGUCAAUUCUUCCAGAGUUAUCUUUUAGAGACGUUAAUCGGCUCAACCUUCUAUAAUUAUGCCACCUCCCUGCUGGAACUAUAUGGCAUAUUCUAGGGUUAAAAAAGGGCAUUUCAGAUGUACCUAUGAAUAUCAGCCGAAUUCAGAAUAUUAGGCAAAGGCAAUGGUCACUUAGUGGGCAGAGAAAAGCUCUUGCUUCACCCAAAUAAAUCCACAUGGCUGCUUCUUGGUCAGCUUUUAGCCCCUAACAAAACAUCAGGCAUUUUCCGGCUAGAUGUACUCUCGGCCUCUAAAAUUGUGUUAGGACGUAGGUUCUUCAAGCUGUUUCUUCAUAAGGCCCACCCGAUUGGGAAUCUUGGUAUAUCCCAUACGUACUACCACCAUAUUUCAGAAAAAACAGAAAUUUUUACUUACCGUAGAUUUUUUUUUUUUUUUUUUCUUCUUCUUAAUAUGGUGGCAGUACAAAUCUCCCUCCCUCUAAAUUACAAUUUUGCUUACAGUGUGUGGCUUUGGUGUGUAUUCUUGCUACGACUGAGGUGGGUUUGCCAGGGAAGCCCUUCAUAGGGUAAAGGGGAGGGACUUUUCUUAAUCACCUAUCUUGCAGGUGCUUGUCUCAAUUAGGAAGCACAACCCAUUCGUACUGCCAGCAUAUUAAGAAAAAAAUAUUUUUUUACGUUAAGUAAAAAUUUCUGUUUUUGCUUGGCUGCAUCUUCUGCUUCUGCAAACAAUACCUUACCGUUUACAGAGACUUAUUUUAAAAAAUGGCCAUCUGAGUGGAAUUUGUUUUAGUUUUCACCUAAGUGUAUGAUUGCUUUUCUAUAAUAUUACCAUUGUGUUCUUUUUACAGAUGGCCACCUGAGAGACACAGACUCUGAAUACGUUCAUUGGUUGGUGUGAGUAUAGGUGAUUUGUGGUUACAAAAGAAAAAAACAAAACUGUCUUAUACCAACCUUUAUGCUUUUUGCUAAUCACCUGCUUAAGUUUAUAAUUUUUUUUCUUUCUUUCUUACAGAGGAAACAUCCCUGGUAACCAGGUUCAUUCUGGCAUUGAAAUUUGCCAUUACUUUCCACCAUUCCCUGCUAAAGGGACUGGUUACCACAGAUACAUCUUUAUUCUCUUUAAGCAGGAAGGGCACAUAGAUUACAGGGACGAUCUGAGACCAAACCCAUGGUAAGGAGCACUUUAUCUUCCACUUUUGUGUUUGUUUUCUUUGUUUUCGUCUCCUAUGUUUUUCAUCACUUGUGUGCUGAAACAUGGAAAGCAAUACAAAUUCUUCCCACCCACUUCUCUGCAAGUCACACAGUAUAAUACUAAACAGAAACAUGGCACAAACCAAGGGCUUAUAUCACCAAUGUUCCUGAAUACUUUGUAUACUGGUAAGUAGUCUGACUCCAAGCAGGGAACACUAGCAAAAACAGUCUACAUCCUGGAGCAGGGGAAGGCAACCUUCGGUAUUCCAGAUGUUGUGAGCUACAUUUCCCUUUGCCAGUAUUAUAGGAGAUGUAGUCCACAACAUCUGGAGUGCUUACUGUUGCCUGCCCUAGAGUAUCAAAAAGAAAAUCCUUAGUCUGUGCAAAAGCACUUUGUCAAAGUCACAAGAUUGUGUACUGGUGUUUUACUCCUUCCACAACUUUAGUUCAAUCAAAUUCUGUAAAUUCAGUUGAAUUGGUUUUCUUGGAGUCACGGCAGAUGUUGUACGCAUGUAGUUGCAGAUUUUAACAAUUUAUUUGCAUACAGGUUGGCUACAUUCAUAUUUAUUUGGAAGUUGUUUUUAAAAAGUUGGGCAUUGAUAAAUCUUAUUAUCAGUGUCCACAUUUUGGUGGCUCCAUGGGUGGCGAAUAAACCCAUCUGUGUCCUUUUUUCUAGUCACAGCUUGAAGCAGAGAACUUUUAAAACAUUGGAAUUCUACAGGAGACACGAGGACAGCUUGACUCCAGCUAGUCUGGCCUUCUUCCAGUGUAAAUGGGAGGAGAGUGUAACCCAGGUUUACCACCAGCUACUGAGUAAGUAUUCAGAAAUGUCAGUAAAAUGGUUACUUUUCUUUUUAACAUUUUCCUUUUUUACCCCAUUCUAUUUAUUCUAAACUCUUUAUAGUAAUGCCAUCUCAUCCUUUCUCUCCAUAGAUUUGUUACACAAUUUGAAUCUUUGAGGCUAGUUUCUGCCUCACUCUUCGUCAUAUGAUAUUCUAAUGUCUUCCAUACCUCUAUUUUUUGUUUUGUUUUCUCACUUUACUCUGUGUUUUUUAGUCUUCUGUGCAUUCGUUCCUACUGACUUGUAUCCUUCUACCUUUGGACUGUUUUCACGUAUUUUUGUCUUUUUUCCCAAAUUACAAAAUGGCCCUUUUUGCCAUUUAGUCUUUAUUUAUUCUUUGCUUUCUUUCUUUUUGUUUCUCUUGCCCACAGUCCACUUGCAGCUACUUGAUAACCUGUUCUGUCGAAUACCCUGCUUUUUGUCAUCUUGCUUGUGUUAUGACUUCACGUGAUUAAUUUGAAGCCUUUUUCUUUUUUGUUUUGUUUUUUUCCCUUUUUGAAAAAUUCUUUGUUCUUGAUUUUCAGACAUGAGAGAGCCCAUUUUUGAAUUUGAACGCCCCCCAGUAUAUCACCCACCACAAGUGAAAUAUCCUCAUGGCCAACCGCUAAGGUACUUGGACCGAUACAGGGAUUCUGAGGAGAGCUCUUUUGGGAUUUACUGAGAAGGCAAAUCCAAGGCACCCAGCUAUCAAUCCACAGGGGAGCAAUGGAACUUGCCUGCUGAUGAUGAUGAUCACUUUUUAACUUCAGACACUUCACAAGAUGUGUGAUUCUGAGACGCUAAGAUCUGCCAAAUUUCUCACUGCAUCUGUUUAAAAGCAAUUGCUUAAAAUCAUAGGUAUUUAUAAUGGCUAAACACAGAGUUUCCUAUUAGGAGUCAGUGAAUUUGUGAUCAUGGUAUUCAGUACGCAUCAGCUGAAGAGGGUUAAAAAAAGACGACAACACUGAAGUCUGAAUUGUGAGUUAUUAUUUGAAACUGAAAGAGAAAUAACAAUUAUGUGAUACUCCUGAAGGCUGUGGAGAUGUCUGUCAUGGUUUUGUACGUAAUUUAAAAAUUAAAAGUAUCUUCUAAAA